AUGUUUUUAAAAUAUCUGUUUACAGAUAAUCGGGUGAAUUGCAUGGGCAUUUUGACAACUAAAGAAGCAUAUGGUUUUGUGGUUAAAAAGCCUAGUGAUGCUGACAUGGUAAAAUAUGUCAAAUACGCACGGUUGAGCUGUUGCACUAGCAGUCGUAAGGAUUUUCAUCUAUCAGGGAAGCCUAAGCGUCUUAAUGACUUGUCGGUAUUAGCAAUACCGUAUUACAGCAGUUUAGAACCGAUAUCAUUUUUUGGAUCAGAUAGUGUACAUUCGGUCUCUCUUCUGCCAGUGUCGAAGGCUUCUAUAAAAAUUUAUACUGAAAGUGUUGAAUGUGCUUGGCGAGGGUCUAAAAUUCCAAAACAAGUUGAUUUGGAAAAGUAUGAAAAUUAUGCGUUUGAAAGGCGUUCAGCUUUUGCUUUACAACUUUCUUCAUCUUAA